UAAAAAUGGGAGAAGGGAAGCUUUUCAAGACCAGGUUAUGUGCUUUAUAUCAAAAGGGUCACUGUCAUCGCCAUAAUUGCUCCUUUGCUCAUGGAAAUGCUGACCUUCGCCAGUCUUUCGCUUCUUACAAUGGUUUCGUGGAGUUCAAAUUCUUUGAUGAUAUUGAAACGAGUCUGAUUUGGUGAAGCUCUGAAAUAUUAUCUCUUAUAUGCUCAACGAUCUAUAUUUGGUGGAGGCUACUUGUUCAUAUUACAUAUCACUUCUCCUUGAAUGCCAUUGCCAUUGCCAUUGCGAAGGAAUUUCUUAAAUGAAGGGAUCCUGCAGUUUUUGUGGAAGUUAUUUCCUGAUUAUACCAGUUUUCUUUUGUAUGCAAUGUUGGAUUUCCAUUAUUUCUCAAUAUGGCACGAGGGAGAAUUCUCUGGUAUUCGAUUUAUUGCCUGUCUUAUUGCUCAACAAGAAGAUGGAGUAUAUUGACUAUUCUUAUGCCGUUCUACUUUGAUAUUGGAAUGGUACUACCACUGUAAUAUGGUGAGGUACUGUUUCUAUCCAUUAUAUGAGAGGAUAGUUUCAUGGCCCCUUUGGAAAUAACAAGCAGGCACUGUCACUGUUCAUUAUUAUGUUACUCUUUUUGUUCCAUGUGUUGAUAAGCAGGACCGUCGAAGUGGUGAUUUGAGGGAUAAACUUGACAUGAAGUUUUCUCCACGACGUAAGUAUUCUCCAGCAAAAGAUACAAGAGGCCAGCGCCGAUUUCGCGGAUCUAGCCCUUCCAGGUCCCUUGAAAGAAACAGAACUUUCUUUUGCAGUGACAGAAAACGCAGGAGAAAGCCACAUUUUGAUGGCCAAAGUGACUUUUCAGGAAGUUUGAAAAGCUCAGAUGGGGCAGGAGAUCAAGUUAAAAGAAGAAAAAACACAGCUGAUUCUAGAGUUGUUCUUAAGGAGCAGCUAAAAGAAGUGCGCACAGAGAUUAGCAUGCUUGAACAACAAAAAUCUCAAUUAAGGAUCUUGGUGCAAGAGAAAAUUGAAGAAGCAGAUAUUCUUAGUUCCAGAAUUAGGGAGCUUGAUUCUCAAUUGUCCAAAGAGAAAGAGGAAUGUAAAAGGACCAUUUCAAAAAUCAAGAAGUUUGUCAAAGCACAUAAGCAUUAUGUGCAGAUACAAGAGGAACUAAAAAGGUCACAAGGUCGACUUCAGAAGUUGGGAGAUCAGCUUGGCUCUGGCAUCAUUACAACUGGUGGCAAUGAAGAGGAUUCAAGCAUCAAUAUUGUCAGUGAUGGAGAGGCUCCUGGUUCUCAUGCUAUUAGCCCAAGGAAUGAGGUGCAAAAUAAUUCUUCUCCCAGGGAGAACAUUCUGCAUGCUAAAUGUGACAAUGCAGAAGAAUCUAAAAAAGCGAACUCGACAAAUGAUGGAGGAUAUCAUACCAAAACUAUCAGUCUAGGGAAGUCUUUUCAAUUGAAUGCAAAUGCUGCACUGUUGAACAUUAACAAGGAAGUUGUGAUGGCGGACAAUGGGAAUGACAGGGAUCGAUCUAUAGGAAAUGAAGGCAAACAAAAGAGAGGAAAGAGUGUUUAUGCAUGCAUCUCCUCUGCAGAUAAGCUUAAGGGUUCAGAGAUUGGACGUCUGGCACCAUCAACCAGCAUGGCUGCUUUUCAUGCAAUUGAUGAGCUGGUUGAUGUUGAAGUGGAGGAGAGUAUUGAGGUGGUUGAAACUGCUUCACUGCAAAUUCACAAAGGAGCUGCUGCAUAUGAGGUCAAAAAGUUGCCAUUUCUGCUUCCUCUACCUCCACCGCUCCCUCAGAUUACUUAUUCACAGUACAAGGGCAAGGACGAGAACGUGGAUGUGGAAGCACUUGAGGAGGAGAUGGUGGAUGUUGAUACUGUCUGAUACGAUAGUGGUGGCUGUAAAGUAUGUUUUAUUGCAUGUUGAUAUUCUGCAGAUAGAUGGAAUUAGAAAGUGGUGAGCUUCAUGUAUAGAGUUUUGGGUUAAAAUUCCUCUGUUUUGUCCACUACAAGAAAUUGGACAUAAUUCUGAGAUCUGCGUAUUAAGGACUCAAGUUAGCAACUCUUAAUGGACAAAUUCUAAAAUGAAUUAUCAAAUCAUGAAAUUGCAGUUAGGGA